AAAAAAAAUAAUGUGCGUUUGCAUGUCGUCUUCGUCUGUCGCGUAGCAGCACCAUUUUUUCGCUUCAUAUUGUGCAAGCUAAAUUAUUUAAUUUUGUUGGAUAAUUCAGUGGAUUAACUACAUUGUACUUACCGCUGGUUUGUGCGGUUUAUUGAGGUAGUGUUGAACUGUGAUAAAAAGUAUCCAAAAUGCCUAGAGGAAAAUAUGUUAACCACAAGGGACGCAAUCGUCAUUUCACCAGCCCCGAAGAACUCGAAGCAGAGCGUGCCAACGAGUCCAAGAAAAAAUGGAGAGACACUCGCGAGGAGUCUUCGGGAGAAGAGGAUGAGGAGGAGGGGAGCGCUGAAGGUAGUGAUGAAUCGGAAGAGGAAUCCGAAGAGGAAGUGAAGGGAGCUGGUGCAUUGAUAGAAAUACAAAAUCCCAACCGACAGGCGAAGAAAGCUUUCGUAAAGGCCGCCGAUGUGGAAGAAACGGACAAACCCCAGCUGACCCGUCGGGAGCGAGAACAAAUCGAGAAGCAGAAAGCUCAUGCCGCCUACAUGAAACGACACGCCGAGGGUAAGACCUCUCAGGCGAAGGCUGACCUGGCUCGGCUGGCCAUUAUUAAGCAGCAUCGCGCGGAAGCGGCGGCACGGCGUGAAGCAGAGAAGAAAGGCAAGGACACAAAGUAAUCAUCCAACUAUAAUCCUACAGUGUACAAUUCGAAUCUUAUAGUUGAUCAUAGGGACUACCAGCAUGCGGAAUAUUGGACGAGUUCGGCAGUUUUUAUUAGUUUAAAAAAAUCUAUAAAAUCUUGAUCCAGAGUAUGCUUUUCCAUACAUUGAAUAAUCAAUACCUACAUUAUGUAUGUAUGCAGAAUUCAAGCAAUCGAGAAACUUGUAAAAACUGCCAAUUCUCCUCUUAGAAAAUUUAUAAUGCGAUUGAAUUUAUUAACAGAUAAUUGUGGAUUCUUAUCAAGAAGAAAAACGAUAGCUCACAGAGAAUAUACAUAACAAUUAACUGAAGCAAAAAUAAAUUAAAAUCAAGAAUAGUUACUCACAUAACCCACGGUAACAACGUAAAGCAAAAUUCUGCCAAUUGCACUAUAUGAAACCUAAUAAAUUUGCUGCUACGGAACGAAUGUAGACAUGUAAAAAACUGUCAUUUGGAUCGGAUGUUUAAAAACAAAAAUGAAUAUGCGGAUGUUUUACAA